AUGAUUCCCAAGAUCGGUUGCCAUGCCUUGGCAUUACUCUAUGGGCUCAGCACUAUGGUGCUUGUUCUUGCUUCCCGUAUUUCCUCAAACCCACUUCAACGGUCAACGCCGUGUAAACUCCUAGCCCAGGCUGGUCUUAGCGACAUGCUUUUUUUCCCAAAUGAUGCCGAGUAUAUCACUACGAUUCAAUCUUACUAUGGAGGGGAUAGUUGGGACCUGAGACCCCAGUGCAUCCUCAAGCCAAAUUCAACAUCCCAUGUAUCCAUGGCAAUCAAGGCUCUUAACUCAGAGAAGGCGGGCAGAUGCUGGUUUGUGGCCAUCCGAGGGGGCGGGCAUUCGAAUUUCCCGGCUAGCAACACCAAUUCCGGCGUCACAAUCGAUCUUGUCCGUUUGAGUACUCUGGAUCUUGAAAUUGAUGAAAGCGUCUCCAUAGGCAGUGGAAACCGAUGGGGAAAGGUUUACCAAUAUCUCGAACCCCGAGGUUUGAUGGUGGCAGGAGGGCGUGAGGGAACAGUGGGUGUAGCCGGCCUUCUUCUUGGUGGCGGGUUCUCUUGGUACUCUGGCAACGUAGGCUUUGCUGCUGAUAAUGUUAUUGAAUACGAGAAGGUGGUUCUCGCCAACAGUAGCAUUAUUACGGCCACCGCCUCCCGCAAUGCUGACUUGUUUAAGGCACUGAAAGGCGGUGCUACUAACUUCGGGGUUGUCACAAAAUUCAAACUGAGGACAUUUCCCGCCCGAAAUUUGUAUGGUGGAAUUAUGGUCUUUCCCUACACACAAAGUAAUGGCGUGUUGCAAAAAUUCACCCAAAUGAUCGAAAGUAACACGAAAGACUACUCAGCAGAUACUGGGUUUAUCGCAGCUGCCUGGAGCCCAAGUGGAGGAAAAAGGAUAUCUUACAUCCUGGCAAAUAUCGAGGGCCAUUCUAACACUAGUGCAUUUGAAGGGUUGAGCGAAAUGUCGCCUGUUGUCGAUUUGCGGAGCAAUCUUACAGUGACCGGGAUUGGAGCACAAAUUGCAUCUACAACCGGCGAAUACCAAGUCUGGAACACCCUUACAUAUCACAAUACUUUGAGUAUGGGCCAGAAGAUUCUUGCAUCUUUCGAAGCUGUCGUUGCGGAUAUUGAGGAUCAAAUCGAUGCCAGCGAAAACGUGAGAAUCAUCUAUCUCAUGACUCCAUUUCCUGUCUUGUACUCUAGCCAUGGAAACAACGUUCUUGGGCUUCAGAAUACCCAUACCACCAACUCUGUCGUCUUCAGCCUCCAAGCCACAUUGCCGAAUGCCAAGUAUCGAGACCUACUGAGAACAAAACUGAGCGCUGCCACCGCCGAUAUUGAAGCCUACGCCAAGGAGACUGGUCAAAACAUGCCUUAUAGAUACCUCAACUAUGCCGGCCCGGACCAAAAUCCAAUCGCCACCUACGGCAAAGAAAGCGUUCUUUUCAUGAAGGAUGUUGCCGCAAAGUAUGACCCAGAGGAAUUUUUUCAAUACGUUGUGCCUGGUGGUUUCAAGCUUAAGGACGUUUGA